AUGGGACGAUGGUUCUGGUCUGGUAUACUAUUGUCAUGCUGCUUCGGCGCCAGCUCGGUGCUGCAGUCGGCUCUCAAGCUAUUCUCAUCAGGCGUUGCCUCCUACUCCGUGGAGACCAACUACUUGCACUGGGACACUCCAUUCCCCGCUGUGACGAUUUGCGAAAACGAAAACAACAGGGUUAAUGUGUAUUUAAAGGAGCAUAAGAAAUCAUCCGCAUUAGUGCCAUUUUACAAAGACGUCGCGUACUGGAACGUUAAAUACUGCAAAGUGUGUGACGUCUGCAAGAUCAACGUCUCGUGCGAAGAAGACUUUCUUCACACGGUGAAGGAGAUCAGACUUCCGUGUCCAGAAUUGCUUACUGACUGCUGGUGGGGCGGCAAGCAUUACAGAUGUUGUGAUAUAUUUCAUCCGAUAGCAACAGAAUUCGGUGAAUGCUUCGUAUUCAAUUCUGCACUCCUUGGCAAUACAAGUAUAUUUACUGUGAAUAGAAGAAUUGGUCUGCCUGAUUUACUUUUCACGGCAAUCAAUGUGGUGGACGUGACAGUUCACGCUCCUGACGACAUGGUUUCCGUAGCAAUGGAGAACAUCUUUGGUCGUGGUACCAUACCGCUUGUGACGGAGUUUGAAGCUGUUUUAAAGGUGGAGCAAACAGUCAACGACGCAUCAGUGAUGUCGCUGCCGACAUCCAUGCGAGGCUGUCUGUUCAAGGAGGAGCGGCCUUCGCUGCCCAGCUGGCCCUUCGAGGAGUACACCUACAGUGCCUGCCUCCUCUACUGCAGGGUGUUGGCGCAGACCAGCGCUUGCAACUGUACGCAUCACUUCUUGUCCAACAUGCUAGGAACACCAUCAUGCAACAUACAGGGACUAGUCUGUCUGUACCGAAACAAAGAUGCAAUAGUGAAGUACCAAUGCAACUGUCCUAUGGCUUGCGAUGACACCCAAUACAAGGCUGUUCAUAUAUUCUUUAAUCGCGUGAAUAAAUCACCCGAGCUGAUGAAACGGGGGUCUCGGGCGAAGAUCCGCUUCUCGAACCUUCCAUCCUUGAGAGUACGACGGUUGGCUAUCAAAGACCCGCUCGGCCUUGUUGUGGACAUAGGUGGAGUGGGGGGAGUUUUCUUUGGCGCCUCCCUCCUCAGUGUCAUCGAGUUACUCUACCUUUGGUUCAUACGAAGAAACUGAAGUUCUUGAUUUUAAUCUCACCAAAUCUUUAUUAAAGCUC